AUGUGCUCCAGCCGCAAGAUUCUGUGGAGCCUGCUCCUGCUGUCCGUGGUGGAGGUGGGCCUGGGUGUGGCGAGCAUCGUCCUGGGAGCUGUGGGCAUUAGCUGGGUCCGGGGUGAUCGUAAACCGCAGCAGGGAGACGCUUCUCCCGUCUGGAGUGGACUCUGUUUUCUGGUCUGUGGGAUGUGUGGAGUGCUGUGUGCUCGAAAAAGGACAGGCCUUAUUAUGAUCCUCUUUUCAGCAUGCUGCAUCUGUGGCCUCAUUGGUGGGAUCUUAAACGUCCAGUUUGUUCGGGCACUGAACAAACGGCCAGACAAGAUGCAAUCAAUCCACCUGGCUGCAAUGACUCUGGCCUGUCUAGGGAUCUCGUCCUGUACAUUAUCCACGUGGCUAACCUGUCGCCUGGCAAGCUCUGAGCAGCAGAGGAUGUUCUUGGAGAGGGAACACUCACUGCAUCAUUCCCAUGAGAUGACUGAGAAGGAGGUCCUGGACAACUCCAGUAAUGGUAUUCCUCAGAUCUCCUACAAUGGACACACCGCGGCAUCUCCUUGAUGAAGUCUCACCAGAAGGUGACUUGCACACCAAAACAGGAACAGUUACUAAAAUAGUCACAUACAGCUUGUACUUCACUCUGUGUAUGAGACUCUACAUAUAGGAUGCAUUUAACUGUAUCCUGACUGCAGGAACUGAACCAGGUUUCUCGCCUUGGAAGCCUUUUACCAGCUGACUGAGUAAAAUGGACAGCAUGAGGGCACCAGUUAGGCUUCUAAAUAUUAUGCAAACAUGUGUUUAAAUACCUUCAGUUUAACACAAACCAAAGCCAGGAUGGUGAGCUGCCAUUUGGAUGACAAAUCCUGUGACAGACAUCUGCGUGAAAUCAUCCGAUCUAUGAGCAGGAAGGGUACAUUUCAUCCAGUCAGAUCAAAGUGAUGAGCACAAAUUAAGCAUGCGGCUGAUUCACGUGUCUCGAAGAGCUAUUUCAGUCUCAUCGUCCUUAUUCUCUCUCUCUGUGUUGUUAUUGGUUUAUGGAAUGCAGAUCUUGAGAUAGCCUUUGGUAAACUGUAUGUAUCAUCUGAUAAUGGAAUGCUUUGAGAUAAAGAAAAAU